AUGGCGAUGAGCAGCCGGCCGCACACACGGAAGCGAAGCCUCGUUUUCGUCGACGGAAGUGUGGCAGCCCAACAAAAGCUCGCACUUUGUCAGCAGAGCCGCAAUCUGGAAGAGUCACAGGUGGGAUCCGACUAUUAUGCUGGCUCCCCUGUGGCACGGCUUCACACUCACGAAGAGGAGAUCACGAGCUGGGAUCUCUUCAAAGAGAAGCUCCGCGACCUUUUUGGCAAUCCUUUGGGUCGCCAACUCAAUGCGAAAAAAGCCCUUGCCACACGUGUACAGACGUCGACCGAGUCCUACAUGUCGUACAUUUUCGACGUCUUUGCUCUUUGUAGCAAGGCAGACCCGAACAAGCUGGAGGACGAGAAGGAUCCGCUGCUCGACGUUCAUGAACCAACGCGGGUUCACGUUCUCGAAGGUCGGGUUCCGCCGCUCGCUUCGUACGUUUACGUUGAACUUCACGGUCCCGAACCUCAGGUUCUGCUGCUCGACGUUCUCGAACCGACGCUGCUUCACGUUGCCGAAGCUCAGGAUCCGCUGCUCGACGUUCAUGAACCAACGCGGCUUCACAUUCUCGAAGGUCGGGUUCCGCCGCUCGCUUCGUACGUUUGCGUUGAACUUCACGGUCCCGAACCUCAGGUUCUGCUGCUCGACGUUCACGAACCAACGCGGCUUCCCGUUCUCGAAGGUCGGGUUCCGCCGCUCGCUUCGUACGUUUACGUUGAACUUCACGGUCCCGAACCUCAGGUUCUGCGGCUCGACGUUCACGAACCAACGCGGCUUCCCGUUCUCGAAGGUCGGGUUCCGCCGCUCGCUUCGUACGUUUACGUUGAACUUCACGGUCCCGAACCUCAGGUUCUGCUGCUCGACGUUCUCGAACCGACGCUGCUUCACGUUGCCGAAGUUCAGGAUCCGCUGCUCGACGUUGACGCUUCGAAGCGGCUUCGCGUUCUCGAAGUGUGGAAUCCGCUGCUCGACGCUGACGUUUCGAAGCGGCUUCGCGUUGGCGAACUGAAUCUGGAUCCGCUGCGCGUCGCCGACGUUUACGUUCUGCGUCGCGAGCUCUUCUCUGCGCAGCCUUGUCUUCAGAGGUGCUCGCGGUUCUGUUAAUGAACUGGCUGCUGCUGUUUGAAGAUGUGCCAGACAGUUCGUUGACAGAUUCGUUGGCGUCCAUUCAGCGCAUCGGACGGCGCAGCGGGACUAAACCGAAGCAGCAACUGAG